UUAAUUUUUUUUCAAAGUUUGCUUUAAAAAAUUAUAUAGUUGUUGGUAGAUUAUGCUAGAUGAGCUGAUCCGCAAUAUGCUUCUGGCUUUUGCAGCUGCGCUAUUGGUGAACUUGCUUCUCUUGGCUAAUAUAGUCACGUGUCUACUUGUUCUGAUGUGUGUCGUGAUGACUAUGGUUGACACAGCUGGCUUGAUGUAUUUCUGGGGCACGGAUGUGAAUUUUAUAACUGCUACAUACAUUAUUCUUUCUAUUGGUUUGGCUGUUGAUUAUUCCGCUCAUAUUGGGCUGGCUUUCAUGAAAAACACAGGAUUGAGAAAAGAGCGCAUUCAGAAAUGCCUGAUGGAGAUCGGAAGGGCAGUUUUCAACGGGGGAUUCAGCAAUUGUCUUGCUUUGGUUCCUCUCGCGUUUUGCACAUCAUAUGCCUUCACAACAUUUUUCCAGACUUUCAUGUUGGUGUCUAUCCUCGCGUUAUACCACGGCCUAAUAUUCUUACCAGUGGCUCUCAGCAUCAUUGGACCACCUCCCUAUCUCUCGGCCUCCAAGGAGAACACAGAGGUUUGCAAGGAGCAUUCGAAUCAUCGUGCUAUGCCAGCCGAGAAACAGAAAGAAAACAACAAACCUCACGAAGCCUGGACAGUUGCAGUGAACGAAAAACCAUAACCAACAAAAAUGACGUUCAGAUUUAGUGGCAUAUU